GCAAGCCCUCGCAUCUCCGUCUCCACAUUCCCUAUAUCUCCAUCUCCACAUAUCCCCAUCCCUGCCGCCGUCGCCGAGACACACUUGCCCCUCUGAGAUCCAGCCCCCUUGCCGCGCUUUGCAUCCAAAAGCACCCCAUCAUCCGCCAAUGGAUUCUCUGGUGAACGAUUACCAGCAGCUGACCAAACGUCAGAAGCGCAUCCGCUCUGAGGCAACCCAGAGCAUCGACUCGCUCAUAUCGACUCUCACCGCCACUAAAAGCGCUCUUCAGAGCCAAGCGACUCCCGGGAGCCACGUCUUGCCCAAACAGGCCCAGCUUCUUUCCCAGAGCGCCAAGAGCACGGCAGCCCAGCUCUCGGAGCAAAACAAAGAGUUCUACUCGGCCCUCGGCAAGUUCAGCAAAGCCCUCGACAAAAAGUUCAAGCUCGACCUGGACACGGUUUGGGAUCCUCGAGCCCUCGAUGGUCCCGAGCGAUAUGGGAUGCUCAACCAGACCAUCGCGAACCAUUUCAUUCGCGAGGGCCAGUUUGCCGUCCUGGACACUUUCCUGGAUGAGUCGGCCAUGCCGCGCGACGGCUUUGACUCCUUCAAGGAGAAAUUCAGCGAGAUGUUCACUAUUCUGGAGGACCUCAAGGCAAAGCGCUCGCUGGACUCUGCCAUCCGAUGGGCAGUCGCCCAUUCCAGCGAGCUUUGGAGGAUCGGCAGCCAUCUCGAGUUCUCGCUGUGUCGUCUCCAGUUCAUCACGCUCCUGCUUGACCAAAAGCCGGCCUUGGCCCUGGACUAUGCCAAGGCCACCUUUCCAAAGUUCACGAAGGGAUACAUGAAAGAAAUCCAACGACUGAGCUGUUCAGUGCUCUUUGCCAAGCGCCUUCACAAUUCGCCUUAUGCAGAUCUGUUGGAUCCUAAUCAUUGGACGGUCAUCCAACAACAGUUUACCCGUGAUUUUUGCCAGUUGCUGGGCCUAUCGUCCGAGUCGCCUCUGUACACCGCCAUCAGCGUGGGCACAUGCGCACUCCCAGCAAUCAUCAAAAUGUCGUCGAUCGUCAAGGAGCGCGCACUGGAAUGGACCCAACAGGGCGAACUGCCUGUGGAGAUUCCGCUUCUGGAUCAGCACCGCUUUCAUAGCAUCUUUGUGUGCCCCGUAUCCAAGGAGCAGGCAACUCCCGAGAACCCGCCGAUGAUGCUCCAGUGCGGACACGUCCUGACCAAGGAAAGCUUGGUGCGGCUGACCAAGGGCAACCUCAAUGCCAAGUUCAAGUGCCCAUACUGCCCGUCCGAGAGCACCAUUUCGCAAGCCACGCGCAUACACUUUUAGUCCAUGAAUCCCUGUUUUUGCUGCUGCUCCUGGCCGUGGAGCAGUAUCCCUACGGAGUGGUCUGUGGGCACUAGAGUGCAGCCCCCAGGGAGAUGAUAGCACUGGCUAUUAAGGAUCGAAACUGCUCCCUCGACACCUCCUCCCGAUGAUAGUGCUUCGCAAUCAACGUUGUUCACAGCUCUCCUCGCUCUGUUUGUUCCAUCCACUCCUCACUCGACCCGCUCCUCACCAUCGUUCGCUUGCUUUGCCAUUGGACUCUACCAUCGUUAUGCCGCAGCUUUGUUGGCGGGCCUUCUCCGCAUCGAUCAAAACAGAUUUAUCAAACC